GGGGGUGGGGGGGUGCUGGAAAGGCCAGUUGGUUUGAAGGAAAGAAGCCAUGCAAGUGGAUGCUCUUCUCUGCAGGAUCAGGUUUCACAAAAUGAGAAGCUACACUGAGAGAGCUUCAUCGGGGCUCAACCACCUCAGAAAGGAUGCCAGCUGUUAGCACCAUGACCGGUGGAAGGGCCCUGCUGCUCUGUACAAACACUGACAACUGCAUUUACCAAUCAGUCAACGGGCUGCAGUGCUGUGGCUUAAAGGUUGGGGAGGCACCACCGUCUGUGGUACCCCAGCCUUUAGAGGUGUGUGGGUUACCGGGAGACAAAGAAAAGAGGGACAUUCUCAGUAACACCUCAGGUCCUUUUGACGCCAUGCUUGCUCAAAGGAGAGCCACAACUACAAAUGAUCCGCAGACCCCCAGCAUGGAAAACGGCCUGAGCCUCAGCAGGAGUUCAGCCGGAGCCAAGACUGCCAGCAUCCGUGAUAAGAUAUCACAGUGGGAGGGCAAAAAGGAGUCUGCCCAUGUGGCUGCUACAGGAGCAUGUGUUCUUGGUACAACACAGAAGGAGGCGGACAUUGUGAGGAAAAAGGAAUCUAAAACAUCAGAAGUUCAACGGACAGACAGCAAGAGGUUUGUCAGCUGGGAGAGACAAGACUCAGGGAAAGAAAAUGUUGGAAAAUCUGCGGAUUCGAGUGCUAAAUAUCCAGAGGGGCCAGUAAGCAGCGAGAGGUGUCGAGCCUCUAAGCCCAAUGAACUUCAAGACAAAAAAACAGUUUUGACUCAUGUCAAAAAACUGGAGAAGGCAACAAAAGAAGUUUCCCACAAACCUUCACUUGCAUUUCCAGGGAAUUACUUCUGUCCUCCUUCAAAGGAGGAGCUGGAGGGAACAGAGAAGAAAGCCAAUGAGCCGAUCUUUGGGACUUUUGAUAAGGCUCGACCUUGUGGUUUGCAGAGGAGAAGGGAUUCUGAGAACGAAUACUGUGAGCCUGGUGCUCCUUCUAUCAACCCCCUACCUAAACCUCAAAGAACUUUCCAGCAUCAUACGGCAUUGAUUUCUACACAGUCAAGUCCUUGCUUUGGAAAGGCAAAGAGGACCCUUCCUCCUCUGCCCUCUGUUCCACCCCCACCUCUACCUACAUGCCCUCCUCCAGGGGUUUGCAGGAGACCUUGGGUUGACAGAGGCCGGAACAGCAACAACAGGAAGUCCUAUGAGUUUGAGGAUCUUCUGCAGUCGUCCACAGAAAGCAACCGAGUGGACUGGUAUGCUCAGUCCAGACUGGGCCUUACAUGCACUUUAUCAGAAGAGAAUGUCUAUGAAGAUAUAAUUGAUCCACCAUCCAAGGAGAACCCUUAUGAAGAUAUUGAGGUGGAUCGAAGCUGUGUGGGAAGCAAGUGUGUUUCGCCUGCGUCUUCUUCCCCCGUACCUGACACUCCAACUAAGCUAUUUUCCAAGCCUGGAUUUUACAGGCAAAACUCAGAGAGAAGAAGUUUCAAAGUCCCUGAGCUACGCAAGACCAACCGAGACACUGGCAUCUCCUCUCCCUCUCGUAUCAGCCCCCCCUCAACACCCAGCAGCCCUGACGACACCCCCUGUCUCUCUGGAGAUCCUUACAACCGCAGACGGAGGAAAAUCCCAAAGAUGGUACUGAAAAUCAAUGCCAUCUUUGAGGCACGUAGGGGCAAGAAACACACGAAAAAGGUGUCUCAGUCUGCUGAGUCCAGCUCAGGAAGAGAUGAGAACAGUGAGUCAGAAAGCGACACAGAAGAGAAACUGAAAGCUCACAGCCAGCGGCUGGUAUCAGUCCAGUCCAUGCUGAGGCAGACGGGUCGGUACAGGACCUUGGAGAGGGAUUUAAUGGAGCUACAAGAGAGGAAACUCUUUGAAUAUUUCAUCGUUGUUGCACUCCACAAGACCAAGGCAGGAGUCCCUUACCUGCCAGAAGUCACACAGCAGUUUCCUCUGAAGCUUGAGAGGAGCUUUAAGUUCAUGAGGGAGACGGAGGACCAGCUGAAGGUCAUCCCUCAGUUCUGCUUCCCUGAUGCUAAAGACUGGGCCCCAGUCGACAACUUCCCCAGUGAGACGUUCUCAUUUGUACUGACUGGUGAAGAUGGAAGCAGACGGUUUGGCUAUUGUCGCCGUUUACUGCCAAGUGGUAAAGGCCGAAGGCUCCCUGAGGUCUACUGCAUCGUCAGCCGCCUAGGUUGCUUCGACCUCUUCUCUAAGAUCCUGGAUGAAGUGGAGAAGAGGAGGGCCAUCUCUCCUGCUCUUGUUCAGCCUUUUAUGAGAGGCAUCAUGGAGGCUCCCUUCCCGGCACCAGGAAGGACCAUUACUGUCAAAAACUUUUUACCUGGCUCUGGAACCGAGGUCAUACAGCUUUGUCGGCCGUCCGAUUCCCGGCUGGAACACGUGGACUUCGAAUGUCUCUUCUCUUCGUUGAGUCUCCGUCUGCUCCUCCGAGUUUUUGCCUCUCUAUUGCUGGAGCGCAGGGUCAUUUUCACUGCUGACAAACUUAGCACGUUGUCGCAGUGCUGUCAUGCCGUGGUGGCUCUGCUCUACCCCUUCACCUGGCAGCAUACAUACAUCCCCGUGCUUCCACCGUCCAUGUUGGAUAUAGUCUGCACUCCGACUCCUUUCAUAGUGGGCCUGCUCUCCAGCUCUCUACCUCGACUCAAAGAGUUGCCCAUAGAAGAAGUCCUGGUGGUCGACCUUGGCAACAGCCGCUUCCUACGUCAGCUGGAUGAUGAGGACUCUAUUCUUCCUCAUAAGCUGCAGGCAGCUCUUGAGCAGGUGCUGGAAAAGAGGAGGGAGCUGGCAUGUGAGAAAGGAGACCUGCCUGAUGACUCGAGCUCUCUCAGUGCAGUGGUCUCAGAGGCCUUUGUGCGUUUCUUUGUGGAGAUGGUGGGUCACUACUCGCUUUUCAUGGGCGGAUCGGAACGGGAGGACGAGUCUCCUUCCUCGCCCACAUUGCAGAGCCCCUCACCCCCCUCGUCGUUUCAGCGAGAGGCCUUUCGGAAGGCGGUCACUUCCAAGAGCUUGAGGCGGUUUCUGGAAGUUUUCAUGGAGACCCAAAUGUUCAGCGGCUUCAUCCAGGAGAGGGAGCUGCGCAGACAGGGCCUCAAAGGUCUGUUUGAGGUUAGAGCUCAAGAGUACCUGGAUUCACUACCUGGGAGCGAGCAAAGAGGAGUGAACAAAUUCCUCAAAGGCCUCGGAAACAAAAUGAAAUUUCUUUCCAAAAAAUGAAACACGAUGGAGAAGAUGCCCUCCAUGGACAUGCAGAGGGUACAGAAUGGGAUGUGCCGUAGGAUCAGGUCAUCGGAUGUCCCCAGAAAUGAACUGGAUUCAUAAUAUGUGAAAAUGAGGGAAUCUGGAGAAUAAUAGGGUUUAGUUCUCAGCUUUAACAGUUAGUCCGGUUGAUGUUGUGGAAACCGAUGUAUGAAAGCAGAAUCUAGUCUUAUAACCCACAGUAAAUGUUUUCCAGGUUCUGUCUCUGCAGUGUAUCACUGUAUAGCAUUGUAAAUGUUUUAACAACUGUGUUCCAAUUGACUAAUAUCACCCUGUGAAGAGGAAUGCCACUAGAAACCAGUGUUGUAUAAAACCUUCAGUUACAUUCCAGCUAUUUUUAUAAAGGCUUUUAUGACUAUUAUAGUACAACUUCUUUAUCAACAGGAGGCUUUUAAAAUAAUUUAUGUUACUUCUAAAAAAAAUCUAAUCUUUCCUUUCUAAAUUGUAUUCACAUCAGUGAUAAAGAAUCACCCGUUACUGGUGAUAAAGAGUUUUAGUCCAGACAUGUAGUAGAAACCUUGGGUUACUGAUGUUACGUGUCACUGUUUAAGAACUGUACCUACAGUACUUUGGGGCGUUAACCUCACCACGGUAGAAGAAUCGGAGGGUGAACAUAACGUGAAAUGUCUCUUUUUGGGGAGUUUUACUGGAGUAAAGGUGCCUAGAACUGAACAGUGAUGUUUAUCAAUCAGUUUGACUGUGUUUAAAAAAGAAAAAAGAGAAAAAAACAACUAGGGACAUUUUAAGCUUGAGUGAUAUUGCAAUGAAAUUUCAUAAAUAA